CGGUAGAUCGCGGACUUCAAUCGAAGGUUAAUUCUUCGGGACGAGCUCGUGAACGUGGUUUUUGUGGUGUAUGAUUGAGAGCGCCAAUUGUUGUUGUGUUGGAAGAAGUGCAUUUGGAACCUAACGUAAAGAAUUUACAUCUAUGAUGUCAAUACGAUCAACCGGUACCUCAACUGGGCGCUGGUUCGCUGGAGCGGCAUGGAUGCUGGUGCAAUUAGCGAUCAUAAUGCAACAGACGCAUCUUGUCGUCAGCAGUUCCGUUUUAGUGGCCGAUUUCCGGAUGACGCGGAUGGUUGAACUGAGCAGCCGACCUCCGUAUUGCAAGAUUCACUCUGACCGUGGCGAUAUUCAGCGUAUGUUGUUGGCAUCGGACACGAAAAAAAUGCGCCAAGUCCCACGAGAGUCCGUCAUAGCGCUGGAAGAAGUGUGCAGUGAGGCAAGCGGCAUCUCGGGCGAACUUCAAGGAGGAUUGGGAUUUAUAUAUCCCGGCACAAAGUGGUGUGGACCAGGUAACAUCGCUUCGAACUAUUCCGACGUUGGUCGGUAUGCAGCGGAAGAUCAGUGCUGCCGUGAGCAUGAUCUAUGCCCAAAUGUACUUUUACCGGGCGAGUGUCGCCGAGGACUAUGCAACCGAGGCGCCUUCACACGUUCGCAUUGUGAUUGUGACGCUCGAUUCAGGAGGUGUUUGCAGAACUUAAACACUGAAACGGCCAACACUCUCGGUGCCAUAUUCUUCAAUGUCGUCCAGGUGACAUGCUUCGGGGAGCGAAGACCGUGUUCGGUUUGGCAAAGAGUGGGCUUCAACGAGACCGAAGCAGAUGAGCUGUGUUCGCGGUGGAAAUAUCGACCCAGCGAAAAGUACAUCCCCAUCAUGCAGCAGAAGUCGAACAAAUAAUAGUCAAUAAAAAAUUCUCGAAAAACGUGGAAAUCGGAGACUAAUGGUACGCCGCAAGAUCGAAGAUCGUUCCGAGAGCACUACUGGACGUACGUACAAUCGCCGUACCGUUACACAACAAUCAACCAAAGAAAUGCGAUCGAUUGAGUGCGUCUGGUAUACUUUCAAUGUGCCUUUGAAUAUAAUAAUAAAGUGUUGUACUGUCAAUGAAAUGUUGAAUUUGUUUCAUACGUAUCAGUUUCUUAUAAACGCAC